AUGCAGGACCCGGCGGAGGCUUCAUCGUCCCGGGAAGAGGAGGAAGAAGAGGACGCGGUGGGGGAGAAUGAAGGCGGCCAGUACACGGAGGUCCCGCUCGUCUAUUACACUAUGAUGGCUGCUGAUGAUGAUGGCGCCGACCUGCUGGACACCUCCGACCCCAGGGACAGCACGGCCAGUCCCGAGGAGCUGGAGGACGACGACAACUCAGGGGACAAUGACAGUGUGGUGACCAAGACGUGUACCUACCCGGGCUGCCAGGAGACCACCAGCCAGGUGGCCAAACAGAGGAAACCCUGGAUGUGUAAGAAACAUCGCAACAAGAUGUACAAAGACAAGUACAAGAACAAGAAGAAGAGCGACCAGGGGGUCACCACCGCCAGCAAGCUGGAGGAUAGCGCAGAGUGCUCUGUGUCUCUUACAAAACAAAGAACUGGAUCUGUUGGGGAUCGUCCUCCUCGCCCUACAUUGCUGGAACAAGUGUUAAACCAGAAAAGACUUUCCCUUUUAAGAAGUCCAGACGUUGUCAAGUUUCUUCAGACCCAGCAGCAGCUUCUCAGUCGACAGGCUGUUGAACAGAGACAGUCUUUUCAAGGAGCAUCACUUUGA